AAAAAGCCAAGAAAUGAAAGAAGUGAAAUUGCAGAGAGGCGCACAGAACAGACAUUGUUGUUAGCCGCACGCGCUUCGUUAUCGGACACAGCCCCUUUCUUGCGGUGGUUCUCAUUCUUCCUGCGGCCGAGAGACGCACCAGCAAAUCCGCCCUCUAUUUUAUCGUUCUCAAAAUCCAGUUCCCCAACUAAUCUGUAGCGGAUUCUUUAUUCCCCUUCACAAUCUUGUCCUAAUUAUUCGACCCAUCUCGCUCUUCUUCAGCAAUGGCUGUCAAUUCGUCGACCCAUCUCGCAUCUCCGCCGCUUCGUUCGCUGCCUCGUUCCUCCUUCGCUUUCUUUUCUCGCAUCUUCUUGCACCCUGUUUCGCCCACUGGCUUCCCUAGGCGGAGCCUCGUCUCAGUUCGUGCUCAGGCGCCGACUCCCGAUGGCUAUGGAUCCAAGCAGCCGCUCAGUUUGGGGGAAUCUGGACCUGUAUUCGAGUCCACUGGUUCACCGUCGUCGUCAUCGGUUAUUGAUUUCCUUACAUUGUGCCAUCGGCUUAAGACUACGAAGAGAAAGGGCUGGAUCAAUCAUGGAAUAAAUGGUCCUGAAUCAAUUGCUGAUCAUAUGUACCGCAUGGCUUUGAUGAGUUUGAUAGCCGGUGAUCUUCCAGGAGUGAAUAGAGAAAGGUGUAUCAAGAUAGCUCUUGUGCAUGAUAUUGCUGAAGCUAUUGUUGGAGAUAUUACGCCAUCUGAUGGUGUGCCGAAAGAAGAAAAGAGCAGAAGAGAGUCAGCAGCUUUAAAUGAAAUGUGCCAACUUCUUGGUGGAGGCAUGAGAGCUGAAGAGAUCAAAGAACUUUGGACCGAGUACGAAAACAAUUCUUCAUUGGAGGCUAAUCUUGUGAAGGACUUCGAUAAAGUUGAAUUGAUCCUUCAAGCAUUUGAAUAUGAAAUAGAACAUGGGAAGGCGCUGGAUGAGUUCUUCCAUUCAACCGCUGGAAAAUUUCAGACUGAUGUAGGAAAGAGUUGGGCAGCUGAGGUAUUGUCCAGAAGGAAUUCAAGAUUGACAAACAGACAUAAUUGAUGAUCUUCUUUAGGUACUUCUUCCUUUAUUGUUCAUCCAACUCACAAUACACAAGUUAAGAAAGUUGGAAUUUGUGUAUCUUAGAACAACACACUCUCCUGGUGAUGCCUGCUGGGAGAAGUGGCUUUAGUUAUUAUUAUCAUCAUCAUAUUUAUAAAUUUAGGGUUCUUCGGUUAAAUUAUAUAUUUAAUCGAUACCUAUUUGGUCUUUAAUUUUGAUUUGUUGGGAGAAGUGUAGCUAACUAGUUAAACUAUACAUCAUUCAUCAAUAGAUCAAAGGUUCGAAUC